CACAUUUUUACGCAGUACGUUUGCAACAUGGCCUCUCGACCAUGCGAACCUUUCUCCUGGUUUGCAGCUUGGCAUGGGCAGCCGAGCGCCCCGAGCGCCAUUUGCAGGGCUUCUAUGAGCAAGACGACACCGCAGAAAGAAUGCAGUGCCCUAAUUACUUGCCUGUGGGCGUUGUCCGAUCGGAGAGUGACAAGCAGCCUCGUGAAUGCACCCGGUGCAGCGUCUUACCAUGGGCCAGACAAGCUUCUCAUGAAGAGAUUUGCCGCCUCGACGUGUCGAACUGCUCUGUGUUGAAGCCGGGCGAGCGAUGCUGGAUUCGGUGCCGUGAGCCAUACUUCGAGGGUGAACCUGUGCAUGUGAUGUGCAACAAUUCGGAAGAGUCUGGUGGAGGCCUUGCCUGGGAUCGCAAAACUCCGAAGUGCAAGAUGAAAUGCCCGAAUCUUUUUGGCGGUCCGCCGGAUGGAUAUGAGGAGAAAAAUGGAAUGUGGCAAUGUGCUCCUGGUUACAUCGGCAAAGCCGAGUACCUUUGCACCUUGCAUGACGACUGCGUGGCACGGCCAUCCUGGUCGGGGUGCACCAAAGAGGUGCAUUGCAUGGCUCCCUUUGAUGUUGAUCUUUGCAUGCUGAAUUUGUCGACUUGCUACAUGGUGAUGGGCGGGAAGAGUUGCAAGAUGGGCUGCAAUUCACCUCAAUGGGCAGGUACGCCAACCUUGGCCACCUGCAAGGAGAAGAAUGUGGAUCCAUUUACACCUUUAGACUGGACGAUGCCAGUGUGCGAGCCAAGCUGCCCUCCUGGUACACCAGUUCCGGAAGGCUACGUACUGAACUCAAAUGGCGAAUGGCGUUGUGCAGAGACCCAUUAUGGGACGCCGCAAGCUCUUUGCGCAAUCAACGAGCAGUGCGUCUCUGAAUGGAGGCCAAGCGGUUGCCUGCCGAUGCAUCCUUGCGUGGCCCCAGAUGAUGACCUUUGCAGGUACAACAUGUCGGAUUGCUUGGAGGUGCCUCCGGGUGGUAGCUGCGUGAUACGAUGCCGUGAGCCCUUCGUGGGUGGUGCCUCCUUGGCGACUUGCCAGGCCAACAACAUUGAUCCCAACCAGGAGUUGACCUGGAGCCCACCGCGGCCUUCGUGCGCCUUGUUACUGUGCCCCGAAGUGGAGUUAAUCCCUGAGGGCUACGAGCGGCAUGCAGACGGCUGGCGCUGCGCUCCGGGCUUCGUGGGGGACGCCAAGGCUUUUUGUGAUGUCGAUGCAGUUUGCACUCCACAAACAGUGCUCAGCGGUUGUUUGCGGAAGUUGCCGUGCUGGCCGCUGGAAGUGGAUGAGUGCAUGAUGGAUGCUUCAGAUUGCGCGGUGCAGCCGGGACAGUCCUGUUUUGUUCGCUGCAAGGCACCGUAUCUGGGGAGCCCUGGCAUUGCGCGGUGCCCGGACGACAACACCGACCCUUGGGCCUUGGUAAGUUGGACGGAUGAGUUGCCUAACUGCACUUUGCUCACGUGUCCCGAUCCGGUGAAGGUCCCCAGGAGUUAUGCCCGGACACCAGAUGGUUGGAGUUGCGCGCCGGGCUAUGCUGGACGGGCCGAGGUGCUCUGCAGACACGGCCCAAAUUGUGAACCGUCACCUGGAGAGUUGGCUGGAUGUGGCAAUCCAUCUGCAUGCGUGGCGCCCACCACGCUCUCCUGCAGCGUGAAUAUGAGUGAGUGCAGUGUGGUUCUGCCAGGGCAGUCUUGCCAUGUUCAGUGUGCAUCUCCAUUUCAGGGGGACCCCACCCUUGCUGUGUGCCCAUUUGACAAUUUGGACCCUGCCGGUCUGAGAUGGAGACCUCCUGACUGUGUGCAAUUCUGUCCUGACCCAGAGAUCUCAUCACUGCCUCCAGGAUACAUCAAGACAGGUGCCGGUUGGGCCUGCACCCGGGGUUUUCAGGGCGCAGCGCAGAAAGUCUGUGGCAUGGACGAGCGCUGCGUCGCCACGGCCACCGUCAUGGAGGGAUGCUUUGAGGAAGUGCCCUGCGCUAACCUGCCCCAGCAGGCUGCUUGCGGCUUCGAUGUCUCUGAGUGUCAAGCCGUUCCUUCAGGCGGAAACUGUGAAGUUCGAUGCAAAGCGCCCUUCUUUGUGGGUCCAUCAUCGCAGGCUUUCUGCCCAGAGGCCAAUACAAAUCCCAAUCAAAUGUUGACUUGGGCCGCUCAAGAAUGCAACAUGGAAUGUCCACCCGCAGAGUCGACUACAGGAUACGUCUGGAGUGAGUAUGGGUGGAUUUGUGCGCCAGGAUGGACUGGGACUGUGGAGGUGGUUUGCAGCAUGGAGAACUGCGAUGUCUCCCCGAGCACAUUGACUGGCUGUGUGAGGCUGCAGAGAUGCACAGUUCCUGAAGCCAACCCGUUCCUUGCACAUGAGCAAACCAGAUGGGUCAGUAGGUGCCUCUACGUUUUUGACUGCGGGAACGAGGGGCCAGGCGAAAGCUGCAUGGUGCGGUGCAGACCUCCAUAUGUUGGACAAGCAACUGUCGCACAAUGUCCCAGUGGCAACACCCAGGUGCAGCCGCUGGAGUGGACGCCGCCAGAUUGCGAGUGUCCAGAUCCUUCGCCCGUACCAGAAGGAUAUUUGAAGUCUGAAAGUGGCUGGCAUUGCGCUCCAGGCUUCGUUGGCCAAGCGGUGAAGUCUUGCAAUAGCACGCGGAGCUGUUUCAACGCUCCGAAUUUGUGGGGCUGUGCGAAAGUGCAUGGCUGCCUUCCCCUGGAGCUGGACAAUUGCGAAUUUGAUUUCUCGAAUUGCUCCGACGUGGCCAGUGGCGAAUCGUGUGAGAUCAAAUGCAACCUGCCCUACGUGUCAGUGGAUGGCUCAAUGGGAUAUGCGAAUUGUCCUGCAGAGAAUGUGGACCGCUUCCAGAUGAUGACUUGGACCUUGCCCAAAUGCCGCCUGGACUGUCCAGAGGUUAGCCCUGUGCCCAUUGCAUACCAACGCGUCAAUGCCAGCUGGGUUUGCGCACCUGGCUAUGCUGGCACUGUACAGGUCGACUGCUACCUCAGCAGCUAUUGCUCAUCGACGGCUUUCUUGGAAGGCUGCAACGAAGAGGAGCCGUGCUUUCCCAUUGAACUAGACCGAUGCGUCUUUGAACAUACAUGCGCAGGUGAUCAAUGCCGGGUUGGUUGCAAGGCACCGUACCAAGGCCUUGCCCAGAGCAGCUCCUGUCCACAAGGUAAUGUUGUGCCCAAGCUUUGGCCAACUUUUGGUUUGCCGCAAUGCAGCAUUCCAGAUGGCUGUGUUGACCCGUUGCCCAUGCCUCUGGGCUAUGUCAAGACUGCCACAGGAUGGAGAUGUGCUGAAGGUUAUAGUGGCCUCGUGCAUGUGGCCUGUGACUUGGGUGACCAGUGCGAGCAACUGCAGCCUAUUCUCACAGGCUGUAGCUUGAUUCGGCCGUGCAAAAUGCCCGCGGUGGACAUGUGCAUAUUUGAUCUCAGCGCCUGUGGUGACAAGUCGGUUCCCCACGGAACCAAUUGUACGGCGCGCUGCCGUCUUCCCUACAACGGCACGGUCACUGCUGCUUUCUGUCCGGAGGGCAAUACAGAUCCUGAUCAAGUGCUGAUUUGGGCGCAACCGCAGUGUGAGUUGAUUGAUUGUUUGGAUCCAAUGCCAGUGCCGCCGGGCUACACGAAGCUGGCAGAAGGUGGAUGGAGUUGCGCAGAUGGCUAUGCGGGUGUUGUGGAUGGUUGCUGUCAAUUUGAUGGCAUUUGCAAGCCCAGGUUGUCGCUGAGUGGGUGCUACGCCAUUGGUCCCUGUGCAAUGCCAUCGCCGGAUACUUGUCAAUUCGAUUUGAAUGACUGUCCGACCACGCCUCUGGGCUACAGCUGCAGCAUUAGGUGCCAAUUUCCUUACGAGGGCACAGCCACUGUGGCCAACUGCUCUGAAGGUGCCGGGGCACCACCGAUGUCGGAGCGAAGCUUAAAACUGCCGGCUCCACGUUGCUCUCCUUCGGCUUCAGAUCCUCUUUGGCUACCUCAGCAGCUCUACUACGAGCUUCCCGGUUGUUUCUGUCCAGAUCCCUUCGUCACUCCCGACGGCUACGAGAAGAACGGCACAACCUGGCAAUGUGCCAAAGGCUAUGCCGGAGAAGCCCAGCUACUUUGCCAGGAUGGCCAGGUGUGCCUGGCAGAGCCCACGCUGCGUGGCUGCAGCGCGUUGCAGCCCUGCAAAGAGCCUGAGUUGGAACCCGAAAAUGCCUGUCGGUACGACUACAGUGACUGCGUGCAGUAUCCGCCCAAAGCCGGAGAAACGUGCAUUAUUCGUUGUCGAGAUCCUUAUGUUGGGACUUUCGGAUUUGCGGGCUGCCCAGCCGACAACACCGUCUUCAACCGGAGUUCCAUUUGGUUGGAUGGGGUGCCCAAACCAGACUGCACCUUGAACUGCCCCGAUCCUAGCGAUGUUCCUUUUGGCUUCAUCUACAUCAUGCCUGAGGGAUACAUGAAGGAUGCUGCGGAUAAUUGGAUGUGUGCUGAAGGCUACGCUGGUAAUGUCAGGUAUGCUUGUUCUUUCGGACCAAAUUGCACGCUCAUCAAUGAACCUGCUGGAUGUUUGCCAUUUGCUCCAUGCGCGGGGAUGACCACCACGACUGCAUUGGACAACUGCAGCUUAGACACGAUCCUGUGUGAAGGCAUAGGACCCGGUGUAGCGUGCAACAUCCAUUGUCGGCCGCCGUAUGUGGGACCACCAGGUGAGGCGAUAUGUCCUGAGAAUAACACAGACCCCACCACCGAGGUUCAAUGGGUGUAUAUGCCAGGUUGCUAUUGCCCAGACACAUGCCAGGAAGAAGAGGGUUAUUUAAAGAUCAUCGCGGAUCCAAGCAUCUACUUCCGACGCCUCUUUCACCUUGGAGCCGCUGAUGUGGCAGGGCCUUUCCAAUGUGCCGAUGGCUACCUAGGAGCGGCGCAUCUUGAGUGCAGGAAGAACGAUGAAUGCUUCGAUUCGGUGCAACUCUUUGGCUGCGAUGAGAUCAAAGGAUGUAUUAUGCCGACCGUAUCUCGAGAGACAAUGGCCUUGAACUACACAGAAAGUCCCUUCCAGGCUGAAGUUCCAGCGGCUGAAGCAGAGUUUGCUGCUGUCAAUCCUGGAGCUGUGGUGCCAUGGGUGCCUGAUGCAGAGGACUUCAUUCCAGAGUAUUGCAUGUACGAUGUGUCCGACUGCCACGGCGUGGAAGUUGGUGGCACGUGUAAGGUCUCUUGUUUAUGGCCACUGAGAGAAGCUGGUGGUUUCGGCGGUGCAUCCUGCCCAGACAUGAACACCGAGAGGGACCGUGUUGUCGAUUGGAUUAAGCCAAUGUGCGUCUUGGGUGAUUGUGUGGAUCCCAACCCUUUGCCCGAGGGCAUGGAGAAGACCCAUGAGGGCUACAGAUGCGCCUUGGGCUAUGCUGGAGAGAUCAGCUUUCAGUGCUUUCCAAGUUCCGUGAAGGAGGGCUGUGGAACGCGGGCUAUGCCACAAGGCUGCCAAAAAAUGCAAUCCUGCAGUGUUCCUCAAGCGGAUGUUUGCAGCCAUGAUGUCUCCGACUGCGAGAACGUCCCCACUGGUGGGUAUUGUACUGUGUCUUGGCAUCAACCGCGCGUCGUGGCAUUGUGCGCGUGGCAUCGUGCCAGGUGCGCUGCAAGUAUCCCUUCUCGGGCUUCAGCAACGUUGGCAGGUGCGCAAGGACGAAGUGAAACAAGCUGUCGCUGAAUAGCGAAAUGCCGCUGCAAGCUGUGCAAGCUGCCAAGCUGAGCAAACAAAGAAACGUGCUUCUUUAUUGUAAGGGCUUCGCCCGGGUGCCGCCGACCCCUUUUCAAGAGGAGGUGCUGACCGUAGCACUUCCUGUGGACGGCCGCAGGUCUAUCUGCGUGGCUGGAGAAUGGCAAGCAGAAGAAGAAG